AAGAUGGCCGCCGUCAGCAAGGAGAGACGUCGCUAAGGGGCUUGUCUGAGGGGCGAGGAGAAGAUUCCUAGCAAUGGGAUUGCUGGAUCAAACAAAUGCAUGUGUCAUUUCGUUGGAUAUUGCCAACUUCCCCUCUGUGACAGUUAUGCCAUUUUGUGCUCCCACCUGCAACAUCUGAGACCACCUGCUUCUACCUAGCCUUGCCUACAGUAAAUGGUCAAGUUUUUGUGGUUCAAUAGGAUUAUAACAUUUUCAGAGAACCUUUUGGAAAGAACAAGUCUACUUCAAUAAAUGAAGGAGAAUAAAGAAAAUUCAAGCCCUUCUAUAACGUCAGCAAACCUGGACCACACAAAACCAUGUUGGUACUGGGAUAAGAAAGACUUGGCUCACACACCCUCACAACUUGAAGGACUUGAUCCAGCCACUGAGGCCCGGUACCGCCGAGAGGGGGCUCGGUUUAUCUUUGAUGUGGGCACACGUUUGGGGCUACACUAUGAUACCCUGGCAACUGGAAUAAUUUAUUUUCAUCGCUUCUAUAUGUUUCAUUCCUUCAAGCAAUUCCCAAGAUAUGUGACAGGCGCUUGUUGUCUCUUUCUGGCUGGGAAAGUAGAAGAAACACCAAAAAAAUGUAAAGAUAUCAUCAAAACAGCUCGUAGUUUAUUAAAUGAUGUACAAUUCGGCCAGUUUGGAGAUGACCCAAAGGAAGAAGUAAUGGUUCUAGAAAGAAUCUUACUACAGACCAUAAAGUUUGAUUUACAAGUAGAACAUCCAUACCAGUUCCUACUCAAAUAUGCAAAACAACUCAAAGGUGAUAAAAACAAAAUUCAAAAGUUGGUUCAAAUGGCAUGGACAUUUGUAAAUGACAGUCUCUGCACCACCUUGUCACUGCAGUGGGAACCAGAGAUCAUAGCAGUAGCAGUGAUGUACCUUGCAGGACGUUUGUGCAAAUUUGAAAUACAAGAAUGGACCUCCAAACCCAUGUAUAGGAGAUGGUGGGAGCAGUUUGUUCAGGAUGUUCCUGUUGAUGUUUUGGAAGACAUCUGCCACCAGAUCCUGGAUCUUUACUCACAAGGGAAACAACAGAUGCCUCAUCACACCCCCCAUCAGCUGCAGCAGCCCCCAUCUCUUCAGCCUACACCACAAGUGCCACAAGUACAGCAGUCACAACCGUCUCAAGGCUCUGAACCAGCCCAGCCCCAGCAGAAGGACUCCCAGCAGUCAAGUCAGCAGCAGCAACAAGCACAGCAGCCUAAGAAACCUUCUCCACAGCCUAGUCCUCCCCGACAGGCUAAGCGCACCGUGGUUGUUUCUCCCAAAGAAGAGAACAAAGCAGCAGAACCACCACCACCUAAAAUCCCCAAACUUGAGAGCACUCACCCACCAUUGCCUCCAGCCCACCCUCCUCCAGACCGGAAGCCUCCCCUUGCCGCUGCCUUAGGCGAGACCGAGCCACCUGGCCCAGUGGAUGCCAGUGACCUCCCCAAAGUCCAGAUUCCUCCUCCGGCCCACCCAGCCCCUGUGCACCAGCCGCCACCGCUGCCACACCGGCCCCCGCCACCACCCCCCUCCAGCUACAUGACUGGCAUGUCCACCACCAGCUCGUACAUGUCUGGUGAGGGUUACCAGAGCCUGCAGUCCAUGAUGAAGACUGAGGGCCCUUCGUAUGGUGCCCUGCCCCCAGCGUAUGGCCCACCCACUCACCUCCCCUACCAUCCCCAUGUCUACCCCCCCAACCCACCUCCACCACCUGUGCCCCCUCCCCCAGCCUCUUUCCCCCCACCUGCCAUUCCUCCCCCUACUCCUGGCUACCCCCCACCCCCACCCACCUACAACCCCAACUUCCCACCCCCACCCCCACGCAUGCCCCCCACCCACGCAGUCCCACCUCACCCUCCUCCAGGUUUGGGUCUACCACCAGCUAGCUACCCACCUCCUGCUGUCCCCCCUGGAGGGCAGCCACCUGUGCCCCCACCAAUCCCCCCACCCGGCAUGCCGCCCGUUGGGGGGCUAGGGCGGGCAGCCUGGAUGAGAUAACACGCCUUCCUUGUUCCCUUGUUUCUUAACAAGAGUUUUUCUAAUCAACCUGAAGAGCAGUUUAAGUGGGUAAGCAGCAGGGUACCUUGUAUAAUGCUAGACAGUUGCAGAAAGAAGAGACUGGGGCCCUGGGAUAAAAUUAGGGUGGUCCUCACACCAGGAAGAUGGGGCAGCGGCUUCAGUGUGGCCUGAUGUACAUGGCUUCAGCUAAUGUCUGAGAGUCCUGCACUGGGCUACUUUAUACUAGUGAAAAUGUUAACCAGCCACAUUGGCUCAAUAAAUAGCUUCAGUAAGGAGAGACUUUCCUUCUAGAAAUCAGUGCCUAUUUUUCCUGGAAACACAAUUUUCAGUAGUUCAAUUCCAUCUGAAGUCAAGCUGUUGUCAUUGUUUUCAUUCAGUGAUGUUCUCUUCCAUGACACCCAGUAGGUCAGAUGAACCACUUUUUGAUUUACAGGUAUUUGCAUCCUUUGUACUAAAAUGACUUUGAAGGGGUUGCCUUGUUGGAUGGCUUUUUUCUUUUUUCUCCAGGGAGAAGGGGAGAAAUGUAUUGGAAAAUAAUGUAUGUUUACAUCUAUUUGCAAAUUCCUGUACAUAGAGAUAUAUUUUUUAAGUGUGAAUGUAACAACAUACUGUGAAUCCCAUCUUGGUUACAAAUGAGACUCCUUCAGUCAGUUAUUCAAAUAAAAUCAGUUCUGAAACUACCCUUUGAGUCUUUGAGGUGGGAGGUUGAGCCCAGGUGGGCCUGGGCUGUGGAGUCAUCUGCUGCAGAAGUGGGCCCUCUUCCCGCUGGGCUCCUUUGGGGAUGGAGGAAUUUGUGCACAAGAUCUCACCCCACCCAUUUGCAGGCAUCUCUGGGGAACCUGGCUAAGGCCUUGUGGACUGAUUCUUCCUGUGCCUGCUUUGGUUUUCUUUGGGAAACCCGUUGAGUUCUAGUCUGAAGCUUUCCAGCACUGAAUAUACAUCACAGGCUCCUAAGCUCAGACCAGGCUUGGAUUGGAAAUUGUUCCCAUUCUAGCCUGGAAGUAGACAAUGGCCUCCACUGUCUACCAUGAGGGACUACCUGUCUAGAGGAAGGACUGAGUGCCAAGUGAACUCCCAUCUAGGUACUUCAGGGACCAUGGCAUGCCUGGCCGCGUCUGCCCCACUGCCCCUUGGCCCUCCCCUCCACAGAGACAAGCAGGGAUCAGCCAGUCAGGAGGCUGCAAAGAGGCCUUUAUUUAUCUAGUUCAAAGUAUACACUGUCACAAUCUUAUUUGUUACUCCUUUUACUAAAAUAGUUCAAAUCAAUGUUUUUACCACACUAUCAAAAAGUUCUUUUUUGACUCUCCACAAAUCAAAGUGGUUCAAUAGAAGGUAGAAACAGGCUGGAAGUCCACAGGCUCCGGCUCUACAAGCAGCUGGGGCAGGAGCAGAUGACUGCGGGUCUUGCCACAGUCACCUACAGAAAAUAGCAUAGCUGCCAGCCCAGGACAGGAACCAGACGUUCCAGUCCCUUCCCACAGAGCAGCACAAAUACUUUUCCCCCAGAGUAUGAAAAAUAUACACCUCUACUGCUCU